CAUAAUAAAACGGCUCCGUCUGGUUGAACUUCAUUCGACUUUGCUCGUUCAAAGAAGAAACAGUAACCAUGAGUGGAAGGGGCAAGGGUGGCAAAGGACUCGGUAAAGGAGGCGCCAAGCGUCACCGUAAAGUUCUCCGUGAUAACAUCCAGGGCAUCACCAAACCCGCUAUCCGCCGUCUGGCUCGCCGUGGUGGAGUGAAGCGUAUCUCCGGUCUGAUCUACGAGGAGACCCGCGGAGUGCUGAAGGUGUUCCUGGAGAACGUCAUCCGUGAUGCCGUCACCUACACUGAGCACGCCAAGAGGAAGACUGUGACCGCCAUGGAUGUAGUUUAUGCUCUGAAGAGGCAGGGUCGCACUCUGUACGGUUUCGGCGGUUAA